GCAGCACGGACACUUGGAUGCUCGAAAGUCUACCGAGGCCGGAGGAGCAAGCGCGGCUCGGCGCGUGCACGCGCGCACCUGCACUUGCAGACAUAACAUGACAUUCUUUUCUUCGACAGUCUCAACACGACUCUUCAGUCCUUGAUUUGACUUUACAACCUCUGUAUUUAUAAUUUCUAUUAUCAGGUUGGAAUUUUUGUUAUGCGGCGGGAUACUCGCGCAAGCGGACGUGUUUGGACUGGAUGGACGCUUCCUCGUUGGACUCACGAGCGCGUGCAGGUGCGCGUGCAAAAGGGAUGACGACAUAUGUGGUCACUUUGGCACGUGGAAAGAAAAACUAAAACGGUGGAUGCCAGCACUGGUUUCUGGAUGGAUCCGCAAGCCUCCCUCAGUUUAGAAUCCAAGUCGCUGGUGCGAAAAAAUACCUCCAUAGCGACAGUGUUUUCCCUCCAGGUAUACAUUUUAUCUCAACAGACCAGGCCAGAGUCGGCACAUCUCUCCCACCUCCUUCUGGAUUUUCCAAGAAUUCAUUACCAGAGCUGCAGAAAGUAGUUGUUGUGCUUGCAGCUGGAAGCUUCGUCACAUCCAACGACAAGAAUCUUGAUUCAGACCUCAACCGCUACCUGAAACUCUGUUGGAUCAGUCCUAACACUGAUGCAACCAUGUACCCCUUCCUGGACAUGGCGUAUAAGGCCUCAUUCCUUUCCCAGCCCUCCCCAUUCAUAUACCAGCAGCUAGCAUACCAGUCUCUGUGCUUAUCUGGAGCAGAAAGCAGCUCAGCUGAAGAGAGACUCCUCUACAUACCCCCAUACUUUCCUGCAUGUGUUUCUUCCCAAUUGGAAUCUCACUUCAGAAUGCAUGUAUCCACCGCAGCUCCCCUCACACCGUUGCACACAUUGCAGGAACCUCUGGUCCAUCAAGAACCAUCUUCCUUCAGCACCUCUUUCCACCAGGAGCCCCCACCAUCUACUUUUCACUUUGAUGAGUGUCAUCUUAACAAAAGUAGCGCAAAGUCUUGCCUCUCCGUAUCCACCAAGACUAGUUCUGGCAGUAGUUCUGCUUGUGAUCGAGUCAAAAAUUCUGUUCCAGCUUCUGUCUCAAUGUUGCUCCCUGUAUCGACCACAGUCAACCCUAGGAAGACUUCCAAGAACAGCACAGCAUUGUCAACUGAGCUUUCUGAGUUGUCUCGCAUCAAUACUGGCAGCCUUAGUCUCAAACUACACUCCAUGAGACAAACCAGCAGCAGACGACACAUCCACUCUAGCCCAAAGCAGCGCACUGCUGAGAAGUCUUUAUCACGUGCAAGGACAUCAGUAGACAAAAAAGCGCAUCAAAUACCUUUGAAUCUUUCUGCCAAGGAGAUUAAAGGUUCAUCAAACGGGUUCAAGCCCAAAUUAGAUGUUCUAGCCCAGUUGCAAUAUGGGAUAUUGGCUGGUGAGGAGCAAUCCCUAAAAGAGGGUGUUCAUUGUCCUGCAACUAUAUCAGCAAAGAGCCCAGAACCUCCCCAAAUUACUCACUUUUUGCCCUCCACUUUGCGUUCAGAUAAGCCUGAACGUCUUUUACAGAAUGAAAGCAUACCCGGCUCAAGAUCAGUUCAGUUUGGCAACCCACCCUCACAAAGAUCUCUAGAACCAUUCCCUUCCACAAAGUUGGGCCAGCAAACUGAAAAGGGUCUAAACAGUAAAAACACACACACAUUAUGCGAAAAACAAAUAUUUUCCAAGGUUGAAGGUCAAGACAACCAACCAAAUCUACCAAAGCAACAACAGCCACACGUGGAACUUAGAUCCAGUUCCAGACUAAUCCAGACUGAGUCAUAUGUGCCACUUGAGUUAGGCUACAGCAAUGGAUACUUUCCAUACUCGGUUACAGACACGGUGUCUCUGCACCACAAAUCUGUAACUGGCAAAGGACCUGACCAAGACCAUCCCAUCCUCUUUGGCCCCAGCAGUGGCCCAACUCGCAUUUCCGCAAAAGAGGGUCUUCCACACAUAGUGGAUUCACAGGGUACUUUGUCUCCUUUCCCAGCUAAGACAGACUUCAACGAACUCUCAAACAACUUUCCGUCAAAAACACGGGAUGUAGACCAAUGCAUAAACAAGGAAAGGCUAGAAAAGCCGAGCCGGGCCAAGAAACCAGAUCCGGAACAAGGUGUUACUGGUAGCAAACACACUUCAAGCCAAACCUUAAAAUCUUUUCGCAAAAGAUUCAUUGAGGUCAAAGAGAACACAAGCUGUGUUGAUGUGCCGUUUAAAGAAGGUGAGGAUGAUUUCUCCCCCAAAAAGCAAAAAGUUUUCCUUGCCAGCCAGACUACAGGCGACCAAGGCACAAAAACCUCCACAUCCCAGCCACAGUCUCUUUAUCACAAGUGUUCGUCUUCUUCUCCUCCUCCUCCCAACAAGGCGAUAUCAAUGGAAGAUUCUCUUAGUUCAUCCCAAGACCUCCCAGACCAGCAAACGAUGCAUUGUGCAAGAACGUCUCCUGAACAAUUUUUUAAAAAGAGGCCAAGGAGAGUUCUAGUUGCUUCUAACAGCUUGGAAAGAGGUCAACAUGGUCCUGAUGGACUUGAUGAAAAUGAUGAAGAGGACCAUGUCAAUCAGAACCUCUCCAAAAAUAUCUGUGCAAGCAAAGAAAGUUCUUGUAUUUGCGACAGUACCAUCCGAUUCCUAGAGAGCCCAGCUAUUGAAUGCAGCACUCAUUCAGAUUUUUCUGUUAGUACCAAUAAGACACCAACAUGUGGCGAUGCCUGUUUGCAAGUCCUAGCUCGUGGAGGGAAUACCAAAUCUCUCUUGUGUGUCUCAGUUGACCAGAGAGAACCAAAAACGCCAGAUGAUGGCCGAAGCGUUGAAGUCAGUGGUUGCUUAGCUAAGGAUCACAUGCGGGAAAAUCUUUCAAGAGUCGCCAUAUUUAGCGAUGGAGAGAAGAGCACCAGGGACAUCAAGGACCUUCCGCUUGGUGAGGGUAAGAAUUGGGGCACCAGCACCGUUACUGAACACUUUUGUAGAGAGACCAAAGAGCCUUGUGCUUCCCAGUCCAGCUGUACCAGUCAAGAGCAGCAUAAGCUCAAGAAAAACCAGGAAGACGAGAUGGCGGCAGCAGGGGAGGCUGACCUGGCAGACGGCCAAAGGGGCGACGCAGGAGAGGGGGAAGGAGGAGGGUUGGAGCGUUGCCAGCAGAGUGGGGGGGGGAUUGGAGGCUCCCCUCCUGCGGUCCACAUCGAAACACCGACAGGACUCAGAGGUUUGGAACCCAACUUGGUGGCAAACAGGGAGCACAUGUUCAGCCUGAAGCCGUUUCACCAGAGCACUUUCAGCGGUUGCUGGAGGAAGCGAAGAAGGACGGAGGACAACGGGAUCAAAAACCCAUACAAGAAUGAUGUGAAUCUGGAGGAUAAACCAAAGAGGUGCAUCGAGCUGAAUGGCCCCUGCUUUAAAAGGCCCCGCCUACCUGCUGAAGUCCAGACGGCACCGUCCCUGGGGUUGCCUCCUUCGCCAAGGCAGGUGGGCAGUCUUGGCCUCUGUCAGCCCUCCCACUUUGCCUCCUCCCGCCUCCAGGAAGGGCAUCAGAAGCAGAGGGAGAAGACGAGCGUCUCGUCACGCCUCCCGUUCUCAUCUGACGACCACCUGGACAAACCCACUGGGAAACAUCCAUGCAAGACCAAGAACACAAAUGAGGCAGCCGAGGAAGGAGAGGAUGAGGAGGCCAUGAAUUUGCGAGUUUCACCGGACACAUGCUCGCCACCGCCGCAGCCGAACCUGGCCAUCAGGCCCACCUCCACAGAAUUGCAUCAUCUAAUUGUGAAUAAACACGGAGGAGAGACGCUGCUGCAGCGGGCCGCCCGCCUGGGGGACGAGGAGGCCGUGCUCUGCUGUCUGGAGCUGAAUCUUUGCAACGUCAACCACAGAAACAAAGCAGGCUACUGCGCCCUGCGUGAGGCCUGCAGUCGGGGCUGGCUCGAUAUCGUCCGCCACCUGGUGGAGCAUGGAGCAGACGUCAACUGUAGCGCUCGGGAUGGAACCAGGCCACUUCAUGACGCUGUAGAGAACGACCACUUGGAAGUGGUGCGUUUCCUGCUGGCCUGCGGCGCCGACCCAAACCUGACCUCAAACUCCGGACAAAGACCAAGAAACAUGACCAACAGCGUUUCCAUGGAAACAUUCUUAGAGGAAUAUCUCGCUGAUCUCCAGGGAAGGCCAGAAGGUCAUUCCGGAAUCUUCUGGGAUUUUUAUGGCAGUUCCGUGUGCGAACCAUGCAGCGAAGGCGGAGUUUACGACAUCCUGGCCGACCCGCCUGGGCCUGAAGAUGAGGAGGAGGAUGAGGAGGAGGAGACAAAGCGGCGGGUCUGAAGGGAGGAGUUUGAAUUUGAGCUGUCAGAGCGACCACUGCUUCCCUGUUAGACCCUGCGGGCGUCACCAUCAAUGUGCCCUACAAACUGGCUCUUCCUCGACAAUGUCUUGGCCCGUCUUCAAGUGACACCUCGUGCCUUCCGUCGCUUCUUCCCGCAUUUUAAAUUUCAUGCCAUCCCAGAGGCCGAGUUCUACUGCCAGACAUCCGUGCCUGAGCUCUGGACCCGUCCUACUCAACAGAGCUCUUUCAGGCCGGAUGCCAAGGGCUUGCUGGAGUUGGUGGAGGUAACCCCCAAACUCGCCGCCAUGCUUGGCCCCUCCCUUGAAUUUAUGGACAACCAGGAUCACAGACUGUGACACAAAGAAAAAUUUGCCAUGUGGUGAAAUCUCUGGCAACACAGAUGACAACAUGCGGCGUCACCAUUCUCAGAAUGAGGACAACGAGGGUGUUGUUGAUGCAGUUGAAGGGUUUAAGAGGGUGUGUGGUUGCGACAACAAUGGUAAUGACAACUUGGCAAAUGUUCAAUAAGGUUCAUAUCAGGGAUGUGAGGCGAGAUUUUACGGGACGCCAGAGCCAAAGCACUGUGUCGGAUUACAGGAAGGUAGUUGAGAAGAUCACUAAGGCCAAAGUGACACAACACAAAAAUCCAGUGACUUCUGACCUUUAACAAGCAUUUUUUAAAACAACAUUCCAAUGGGGAGGGAUCCCCAAUUUUUUGGGACCAAUGAUCUAUGUCAAACAACCAUCCACGCUUCCGUUUUCUAUAGCCUCCGAGUCCCAGCUGACUUUGGGCAAGAAGCCGGGAACAGCCUUGACCAAUGACCAGCCAAUCACAUACCGACUAUCCAACAUACUCAUAUUCAUUUAAUAUGUUUGACAAAAUUGUUUACAGUUGAUAUCGACGGGUAUGUCACCAAUCAUUUGCUUUCUCUGUAAAUGCUGAUGGUUGUCAGGUCGAUACCGUUUCAGUGGUAAGUUUUUUUUUUUGUUUGUUUUGUUUUCUUCCUCCAGCAGCGGACUAUUGUUUCUAUAGACUGUAUUUAUAUCCGCUUUUGUAUUUUACUUCCUGUUGAGUUUGAGCACUAUCAUCUACCAUUAAAUGAAAAUGCAGGAGGAGGAGA